AUGUACAAAUUGAUCCUGUUCGUGUGCUUCUUGGCUCUGGCCGCAGCCAAGCCUCUUAUUUCUGUGGCGUAUACUGCCCCUGUAGCUGCAGCGUACACUGCACCAGUGGCUGCAGCGUACACGGCACCAGUAGCAUUUUCCGCCUUCCCCGCCCCAGUCGCCGCCGCAUACUCCGCCUACAGCUAUGCUUCACCCUACGCAGCGUAUUAUUUACGU